GGACCCAGCGCGGCCCACAGUACGCAUCGAGCCGUCGCGCGAGCAGGUUACGCUGCGUGGUUGACCUGAGCACGGCAACGUGUGCGUGGGUGUGCCAAUACAAUGGAGCGAGCAACGGGUGUAACGGGCUGGCUGGCCGUGCUGCUAGUGCUCAGUGCGGCCGGGGGCCACACCGUCCAACCACAAUCAACCGCGGAAGCUGCGCUGGGGCUGGUGCUGGCCCGCAUCGGCUCGGCGGCGGACGAGCAGCUGCGGCCGGCGGGCGACUGCUGGCGGGAGGUGAACCGGACGCUGGAAGCGGCCCGCAACCAGGAACCGUGGGCCGUGGCAAUGUUUGACGCUACGGUAAAGUACCCGGAAGCGGUCGAGCUCGGCGCACGGUACCAUCUCGGCAGCUACGACGAGUGUGUGCCGGUGGGCGAGCGGGUGGCCCCGGUCCGGCCGCAGUACUGUUUGGCGCAGGUCGCGCUGGACGGCUUCCGGCUGCAGCAGUCGGCGGGCCGCAAUGACAACGAGCCGAGCAACGGCACCAGCCUCACGGUGCGGUGGGGCGUCUGUGUGCCGGCCAGCUGCAGUGCGAGCGAGACGGCCCGACUGCUGGCGGGCGCGAGCGGCUACGCGGUGAGCGACGCCGUCUGUCAGGUGCGCUCGCGCCUGUCCGGCGGCUACGAUCGGCUGCAGAUCGUGACCGCCUGCGUGCUGGCCGUGUUUGUGCUGAUGGUGGUGUUCAGCACACUGUACGACGGUGGUGGUGGUGGCGGUGCGAGAAGCGAGUGCGCGCCGGAGAAGCGGCCGACCGGUGCAGUGGCGGUGCUGCGUGCCUUCUCGGCGGUGGAGAACCUGCGCAAGCUGGCCCAGCUGUCCAAGGACGAUCACGGGCUGGGCUGCAUCAACGGCAUCAAGGCGCUCGCGAUGGUGUUCAUACUCGGCGGCCACGCGCUCGUGUUUAUGGCCGGCGGGCCGCUGCUCAAUCCGGCCUUCUUCCGCGAGCAGAGCCGGCUGCUGCAGAACGCCUUCCUGCUCAACUCGCCCCUGCUGGUCGACACGUUCCUGCUGCUCAGCGGGUUCCUCUUCGCCCGGCUGCUGCUGCUCGAGCUGGACAAGCGCCAGGGCCGGCUCAACUUCGGGCUGCUCUAUCUGUUCCGGUACGUGCGGCUGACGCCGGCCUACCUCGCCGUCAUCGCGCUGUACGCGACCUGGCUGCCCCGGCUGGGCGACGGCCCGCUGUGGACGGAGCGGAUGGAGCUGGAGCAGCGCCGCUGCCGGCAGAGCUGGUGGCUGAACGUCCUGUACGUGAACAACUACUUCGGCACGGACAGCGUGUGCAUGUUCCAGUCCUGGUAUUUGGCCACCGACACGCAGCUCUUCCUGCUCGCCCCGGCCCUGCUCUACCCGAUGUGGCGGUACGGGCAUCGGGUCGCACUGCUGCUGGUCGGGGGCGCUACGGGCGUCUCGAUUGCGGUGCCCUUCUUCGUCACCUACGUUCGGCGGCUCGAUCCAACCUUCAUGGUGUUUACCGACGAGGUGCACGAUCUGCAGGCGAACGACUACUUCGUGAACGUGUACGGCAAGACGCAUCUGCGGGCGACGGCCUACCUGUUCGGGCUGCUGGUUGGAUAUCUCGUGCACUGGAUGCAGAUCAAGAACGUUCGGAUCGGGCGGCGGAAGCUGGCCGCCUGCUGGGCGGCGGCCACCGUCUGCGGCUGCACCGCCAUGUUCUCCCUAACCGCCUUCUACACCGGGCUCGGCACCGGCAACUACCUGCACAACGCGCUGUACGCCGCGCUGCACCGGUUCGGCUGGAGCCUGUCGAACGGGUGGCUGGUGCUGGCGUGCGUCACCGGCCACGGCCGCACCCUGCACCGCAUCCUCUCCUGGCGCGCGUUCGUGCCGCUCAGCCGGCUGACCUACUGUGCGUACCUGAUGAACGGGCUGGUCGAGCUGUACCUGUCCGCUUCCCGCCGGACGCCUCUCUACGCAAGCAUCGCGACGCUGACGGCCGAAUCCGUCUCGCACAUGACGCUGACGUUCCUGCUGGCGCUGCUGCUCUGCCUCAUGUUCGAGUCGCCGAUCCACGGGCUGGAGAAGAUACUGCUGAGCCGGAUCCGGCCGACGCACGGCGGACCAUCGGGUGGUGCCCGCGAGCCGGAAACGAACAGCCUGAGCACGAACAACACGCACAGCACCUCGGAGGAGGCGUAGGAGGGCGGGCGGCGGCGGCGGCGGGAAGCAUUGGGAAUUUUAAUGGUACAAGUUGUAAAUAUUUAUCACAUUAAGGGAAACACGAAGUGAGCAUGACGCUUGAACGGUUGUCGUUGUCUUUUAGUUAAAUAAAGUUCGUUCUU